CGGUUUCCUGGUGUGGGCCUCUUCUCACUCAGCCUCACUCUGUGGAUGACCAUGCCCACUGUUCUUUAAAUUCAUCUCUCCUGAACAGCAAGAGACUCACUCACUCACAACCUUCUUCCCUCCCUUCCUUUUCUCUCCGGAGAGACCCUUCAUUCCCCUCCCUUCCCUUUCUUCCUUCCUUUUUCCCUACUGUGGUUUCCCCCUACUUAUUAAUUUACACCCACCACCAAAAAAUAAAGAGGAAAAAAAAAAAAGAAAUCGUGCACCUUUUCCCUUAUUUAAUUCUCACCUUCCUCCUAUUAACUGCAGAGUUAAUGUGCAUUUUUUCAUGGUCAGCACCUUGGUGAAUGCCCUCGCUGAACCAGUCUGUAAGUCAUAACCUCUCUUCUCUUUCUUCUCUUUCUUCUUUCUUCUUCUUCUUCUUCUUCUUAUGCUUUUCAUUUUUUUAUCCGUUAUUUUUAGAGAGAGAGAGAGAGAGAGAGAGAGAGAGAGAGAGAGAGAGAGGUGUGCGUGGGCGUUAUGAAAUCUUUGUUGUGGUGAAACUGGUGGGUCUCGGUGAAAGGCCUUUUUGCAGGAUAUUAGGGUAGCUAGGGUGGUUUUGUGUUUUAGAGAGGUGUGGUUUUUCGGGCACGUAAAAGGAGAUGGGGCAAUUAGACGUUUGGUAAAAAUAAAAAUGCCCCAAAAGCAAAUUAGUCAUUUCUGGUGUGUGAUUACUAGUAAUCAUCUCAUUAGUUUUGCCAAGAAUGAAACAGGGAAUCUUUAAAUAAAGACAAUUUCACAAGCCAGCGUCAACCUAAGUAAACCCAAAAAAAAAAAAAAAACAGAUAAGAGAGAGAGAGAGAGAGAGAGAGAGAGAGAGAGAGAGAGAGAGAGAGAAUUUAGGGUUUGGGGGAAAUGAGGUGCAUGAGGCAUAUUUGCUGCUGCUGCUGCUGCCGCCCCCGCCGGCCGGAGUGAUGCUUCCGGCGAACUAGCAAAGCACCUCCAGUGAUGUUCCAGCCUCUAGGAACUCGAUCGGUCAUCUCUCCUCAGGGCUGACUCAGCUCGGUCAGGAAAUUGAGAAGCUUGUUCAUCCAUCAUCAGCUUUCAAACAGUGCUUGCAGAAUUUAGCUAGGGCUCGUGAAAAAUGUUUCAACCGAACAUGUUCGACAGCCACCAUCACUUGCUGGACAUGGGCAACAGAACCCCUGAUAGCGAAUUGGGAAAGAUCAGGUCUGAUGACGACUAUGAGACCAAAUCCGGAACCGAGAACAUAGAUGCUCCUUCAGGCGACGACCAAGAUCCCAACCAGCGUCCCAAAAAGAAGCGCUACCAUCGCCACACCCAGCAUCAAAUCCAGGAGAUGGAAGCUUUCUUCAAGGAGUGUCCACACCCCGAUGAUAAGCAAAGAAAGGAGCUGAGCCGGGAACUAGGGCUAGAGCCUUUGCAAGUCAAAUUUUGGUUCCAAAACAAGCGAACCCAAAUGAAGGCUCAACAUGAGCGCCAAGAAAACACACAGCUAAGGACUGAAAAUGACAAGCUUCGCGCUGAGAAUAUAAGGUACAAAGAAGCCCUCGGCAAUGCAGCAUGCCCCAACUGUGGAGGCCCAGCAGCCAUCGGUGAGAUGUCCUUCGACGAGCAGCAUCUGCGAAUCGAGAAUGCUCGCUUAAGAGAGGAGAUUGAUAGGAUUUCUGGAAUAGCUGCUAAGUAUGUUGGAAAGCCAAUGGUUACUUAUCCUCAUCUUUCGCCUCAAGCACCAUCUCGCUCCCUUGAUCUCGGUGUUGGGAAUUUUGGGCCGCAGCCUGGAAGCUUGGUUGGCGAUUUGUAUGGAGCAGGCGAUCUUCUACGAUCGGUUUCGGGGCCAACGGAGGCCGAUAAGCCCAUGAUCAUCGAGCUUGCUGUGGCAGCAAUGGAGGAACUGAUCAGAAUGGCUCAAGGAGGGGAACCUUUAUGGAUGCCCAGUGCUGACAACUCUACUGAGAUUCUGAAUGAAGAUGAGUACUUGAGGACUUUCCCUAGGGGGAUUGGACCGAAACCCUUGGGGUUAAAAUCUGAAGCUUCCCGCGAUUCUGCAGUUGUCAUUAUGAAUCAUAUCAACCUUGUUGAGAUUCUCAUGGAUGUGAACCAAUGGUCAAGUGUGUUCGCCGGCAUUGUAUCAAGAGCAGUAACCCUAGAAGUCCUUUCAACUGGAGUGGCAGGAAACUACAAUGGAGCCUUGCAAGUGAUGACAGCUGAAUUCCAGGUUCCUUCACCCCUUGUUCCGACUCGGGAGAAUUAUUUUGUAAGGUACUGUAAGCAGCAUGUCGAUGGGACUUGGGCAGUGGUUGAUGUUUCUCUGGACAACUUGCGUCCCAGUCCAAUACCGAGAUGCCGAAGAAGGCCAUCUGGUUGCUUAAUUCAAGAACUGCCAAAUGGGUACUCAAAGGUUAUAUGGGUUGAACAUGUAGAAGUAGAUGAUAGAGCUGUUCACAAUUUAUAUAGAUCACUAGUGAAUUCAGGCCUUGCAUUUGGAGCAAAGCGCUGGGUGAUGACAUUGGACCGACAGUGCGAGCGCCUUGCUAGUUCGAUGGCCAGCAACAUUCCAACUGGAGAUGUUGGUGUGAUAACAAGCCCAGGAGGCAGGAAGAGUAUGCUGAAACUGGCAGAGAGAAUGGUGAUGAGCUUCUGUGCUGGUGUUGGUGCUUCCACAGCACAUACUUGGACCACAUUAUCAGGCAGUGGAGCGGAUGAUGUGAGAGUGAUGACCCGAAAGAGUAUGGAUGACCCUGGCAGGCCUCCCGGCAUUGUGCUGAGUGCUGCAACUUCCUUCUGGAUUCCAGUGCCUCCCAAGAGGGUUUUCGAUUUUCUCCGUGAUGAGAACUCACGCAGUGAGUGGGACAUCCUUUCAAACGGGGGCCUAGUCCAGGAAAUGGCACAUAUAGCCAAUGGUCGCGAUCCAGGAAACUGCGUUUCGCUUCUCCGGGUGAAUAGUGCAAAUUCAAGCCAGAGCAACAUGCUGAUACUGCAAGAGAGCUGCACUGAUUCCACCGGCUCUUAUGUAAUCUAUGCUCCUGUUGAUAUUGUGGCGAUGGAGGUGGUCUUAAACGGGGGAGAUCCGGAUUAUGUCGCACUCCUGCCUUCUGGUUUCGCCAUUCUUCCCGAUGGCCCGGUGCUCAACGGUGGAGGAAUUCUGGAGGUUGGAUCUGGUGGUUCUCUGCUGACUGUUGCAUUCCAGAUCUUGGUUGAUUCUGCUCCAACUGCAAAACUCUCGCUCGGAUCGGUGGCGACUGUUAACAGCCUCAUCAAGUGCACUGUUGAGAGGAUCAAGGCUGCCGUAAUGUGUGAGAGUGCGUGAGCACUCGAAUGUCUUAAAUAUGUGAACCAACAGAUGGGAAGAGAGGAAAAUGCAGAAGCUAGCUAGGAAGGCGGUAGGAAGGGGAUUGGCCGUUUGGUGUUUUGCUCCACUCGUUAAAGAGCAUUAGAAGAAAAGAGGAAGUCAAGAACGCACCUUGCAUGAUCCUUGCCUUGUGGUGUUUGUUUGUUAAGGCAAAAUUAAUUACAGCGGCAGUAAUUAAGAAAGCAGCAUUUCACCACACUGCAAGGGUAAUAGGUUCGGGUAUUGACUUUGCCUUAGGCAAGCGUAUAUCUAUCUAUCUAGCUAUAUAUAUAUAUAACCAUUAUAUAUAUAUAUGUAAUGGUAAAACCAAAACUUUUGUUACCAUAUGUAUGCUUCGGACUCCUCUUUUUUACCUUCCCAUUUUGUUUUAGGGUUUAGGUUUUUCCUAUGGGAUUUUCAAUUCCUUGUGUUUUCCCCCUGUUUAAGUUGCUGGAAACAUUUGGUAAUUGAGUUGAACUUUUGAACUUA